AUCAGUUCCUGUUCCCCCUCAGACUGCGCUGUAUUUGACUUCGACCGAAUAAAGUAUGGAGUCUCGUGGUGUAACCUCAGUGGUCCUGCUGGCCUGCGGCUCCUUCAACCCCAUCACCAACAUGCACCUGAGGUUGUUUGAAUUGGCUCGAGAUCAUCUGGAAGACACAGGUCAGUACAAGGUGGUGAGCGGGAUCAUCUCUCCUGUGGGCGAUGGCUAUAAAAAGAAGGGUUUGAUUGAGGCCUCCCACCGUCUGGAAAUGGCCAGAUUGGCCACAGAGAACUCAGACUGGAUCACCCUUGGUUCCUGGGAGGGCACUCAGCCUGAUUGGGUGGAGACAGUCGAGGUGAUUCGGCAUCACCAGGAGAAACUGCUCGAGACACAGCAGAACUGCGAUGAGACGGACACAGUCAAACGCACCAAAAAAAGACGAAUAGAAAAUCGUUAUGAAGCUUCAUCUCAUCAGAAAAGGAGAGACGGCCCUCAGGUGAUGUUGCUGUGUGGGGCUGACGUCCUGGAGUCCUUUGGGGUCCCCAAUCUGUGGAAGGAGGAGGACAUCGAUGAGAUCGUGGGCCGCUACGGUCUGGUCUGCAUCACUCGUUCUGGCAACGAUCCGCACAAGUUCAUCCACAAGUCGGACGUGCUGUGGAAGCAUCGCAGAAACAUCCACUUGGUCCACGAGUGGGUGACCAACGACAUCUCUGCCACUCACAUGCGUCGGGCGCUUCGUCGAGGUCAGAGCGUCAGGUACCUGUUGCAAGACGCUGUGGUGAGCUACAUUCAACAGAACAACCUCUACAGUGCAGAGAGCGAGCAGAAAAACGCUGAUGUGGUUCUUGCACCGCUUCAGAGAUACUUGGAGGCGUCCUCGAGCUGAGGGAUUUACUGCUCUAGCUGCAAGAACAGAAGUGUGAACUCUUUACACUGACGGCUGUAGGUCUACUGUCAACUGAACCCAUAUCAGUUUAUUUAAGCUUCCACCAGUGCCUACUCUACACAGUGGUCUUUUGUUAUGCUGCAAGUUUGUUUUUUAGAGGAUUUUUCACUGAUUUCUCUGAAGCAGAGCUGCACUAUAUAUCGAAAAUCGCUCUCAAUCGUGACGUGCACGAUAGACGUAUUGUAAAAGACAGCAAUAACUGCGAUAAAUGAUUUACAUUUACAACGCACUCGUGCUCUGCAUGUCCAUAUAUUUGGCAGAUGGAGCCCUGCUGCCCUCGAUGAUAAAUGAAACGCAUUCAGGGGGUUUUCAGGGAACGAUUGUCGGAAGAAGAGAAUGGAGAGACAACUGCCUCCGCCAAAUCCAACGAAAUUCUACCUUGUAAUCUGUGUGAUCAAGUUUGUCCUGAAUUAAAUUCAUCGAUAUGAGCGGUUGAUUAUAUAAAAUAAUUAUGACGCUUAUUUAUGGUAUUUCCCAGACCCUGAGGGGCAGGUUACAGCACACAUGCACUAAUAUUGUGCAGCACUACUCUGAAGCUGCUUUCAGACAUGCACUGAAUUCCCCAUCUCCUCCAUACUUUCUCCAGAGGAAGUGCAUGUGUUACCACAAAGGGUCCGAGUGAGACGCUCCGCAGUACUUUCUCUGCCAGUAUAAAGUCUGAAUAAAUCCAGGAGAAGUCGAUGUAUGAAUAAUGUUAAGUUACACUUAUGUUAUGAUAUGUGAACCCUAACCCCACAGCAGGGGGUCCUCUGCUGGAUGUAAAAGGCAAUCAUCAGGUAAAGGCCGUCGCCAAUUUGCUGGAUUUUACGCGGAGGUCAUGUCUGAAAAAGGCUUGAUUGAAGUGAUUUAGAAACAGUGACACUUUUGUGUAUACACACGAGUAGAUUUUGUGUGUGUGUGUACUUUCAGAUCAUGUUAAUCUCAUAAAUUGCUCUGUCGUUAGUGACAUUUGGAUUCACAAUUAGGAGUUUUUUUAAAUACGACCAAGAUCAAAACAAAUUUGAGCCUUUUACUCUCCCUUAUGUGUUUCAGUUUACUCCUCUCAAGACAUAAUUAAAAUUUGUACUUGGUGCUGAAUAUCUGAAAAUGAUGGUGUGGUUUGUAUUCACUGCAAAUGAAAUAAACCUCUUUGUUUUCCA